GACAAAUGUCAUUGCUCUAUAUAAAAAAAAGUUAUAAAUUUCCCAUUCCCAAUCGCUAUGUCAAAAAAUGAAAAGUUUUUUUCUAUUUUCUCACUUACAAAUUGAUAUCUAAUUAAUAAAUAAACAACAAUUCAGUGGUCGUUUAUUUAUAAAUACAAGUUGGCAGAGAUGUCGAGCACACAACAGAAAAUCGACGGCUUGUUGGACCGACUCAACCAAGACCGUUCCCAUAGGAGCCCACCAAUGAGUACGAAUUCUUCUACUGGAGGUUUGCCUCCUCCUAGGCCUACAUUAACACCACUUAGUUUAAGCAAUAGUAACAGUCCGACUAUGUCAAGACCCAGCAAUUUACAAUUACAAUUCGUGCCCAAAAGAAAUGACAAUGCCGACACUGAAAGGAAACUCAGGGAAAUAAUGAAAAUCAGUGGAGAUUUAAAAAUCGAUGAUGUCCUAUAUAAAACGGACAUAAAAGAUAUGGAACACAUUGAAGAACUUGGCAACGGUACUUGCGGGCAUGUAGUGAAAAUGAGGCAUAAGCCCAGUGGGAAAAUUAUUGCUGUAAAGCAAAUGAGACGGUCAGGUAACAGCGACGAAACCAAACGCAUAAUAAUGGACAUUGAAGUAGUUUUAAAAUCAGACUGUAAAUACAUUGUAAAUUGUUUAGGAUGUUUCAUAACCGAGUCCGAAGUUUGGAUAUGCAUGGAACUUAUGGACACUUGUUUUGAUAAAUUAUUGAAAAGGCUUAAACAGCCAUUGCCUGAAAAUGUUAUAGGCAAAGUUGGUGUAGCAACUGUUGAAGCCUUAGCUUAUUUGAAAGACAUGCACAAUGUAAUACAUAGAGAUGUUAAACCUUCAAAUAUCCUCCUAGACACAAAGGGCAAUGUAAAACUCUGUGAUUUUGGUAUAAGCGGUAGAUUAGUUGAUUCAAUGGCCAAUUCUAGGAGUGCAGGCUGUGCUGCAUAUAUGGCUCCUGAACGCAUAGAGCCAGACCCACAAAACCCAGACUAUGAUGUAAGAGCAGAUGUAUGGUCUUUAGGUAUCACACUGGUGGAAUUGGCUACUGGUGUAUUUCCUUAUCAAGAUUGUAAGACUGACUUUGAAGUUCUCACCAAAGUGAUCGGUACCGAUCCACCUUCAUUGCCAUUGGACAAGAAUUUUUCUCCUGAAUUUAGGGAUUUUGUGGUUUGUUGUUUAACAAAAGACAAAAAGCAACGUCCCAAAUACACGAAAUUAAAAAAUCACGCUUUCAUCAAAAGAUAUCAAGUGGCCGAUGUAAAUGUUGGCGAUUGGUACGUAAAGGCCUUGCAUCGAGUUAACGACAUAAGGGCCCCAGCAAGACAUCCUGUACGCCAGUUCUUUACAAUACAACAAAAGCAACAGCAACCUUCAAAACAACCAGCUCUACAAUUCUUCAGUAACUCAACAAUGAAUGGUAGUCAUCACCCGUCAAAAUCUGACCAAUCGCAAGACAACCAGUUUCAAGUCAAACCUGUGUUCGCUCAUUCUAGUCAACCAUCUGAACCAAAACCUGGAAAUCAUAGUUCACGUUUGGACGCUUUCCAAGCCCGUCCUGUGGUACCUAACAGGAGUUUUUCUCCUCUACAAGCCUAUCAAAACCAUAUAGCGUCGAUACAACAAAGAGAUGGAAGCAAUAGGAGUUAUCCUUUGGGAUUGUGUUCUCCAAUGCCUCAAAGGAAGUUUGCCAGUAGUGGACCGACUUCUUUACCUGAGACUCGUAGCCAAAGCGAAACAAGAUGGAAGUCGCCUGCAGCCUCUCCAUUACCAUUGAGAAGCAAUUUUCAGGAAGAAGAACCCGAAUACAUUAGCGGUAAUACAAGUCCGAUUAUUUUGCAAAGGUUUUAUCAUCAGCAAAAACAGCAACAGAUGAUUAAGGAAGUGGAGGAUGGUGCAAAAUCGGAUCCAUGUAAGAAACGUUUCGCGUCCUACAUCAAGCUACAACUUGCCGGUGACAGAAGCGGUCGAUCAUCGAGACACCAAAGUCCAGAGCCCCCGCCUAGAUUGCACAGGGGGCAGAGCACCGAAAGUCAAAGUCCUUUGGCAUUGAGGCGGGCUUUUUUGGAAACACACACACCCAAUUCGCCUAGUUUGUCUCGAAGGUACGUUCAGCCAAUGCCUCCAGUACCACCGCCUCGACGUCUAUCAGAAAGUAUCUCGGUACCAGGUUCACCUCAACAUUUCAGGGCCCGGUUCCAUUACACUCCGGAACCGCAGAGGAGGGUGUUUCAAAGCAACGACGUCACGUCGUCAUAACAAAGCGCCAAUAACUGCGCGCACUUAGUCAGAAUUUGUUUCGGGUUUGAUAGGUAAGGAGACACAAUUUCUAUCUCGAGCUAAAAAGACACCAACAAAUUUAUGUAUGAGACACAGUCAAGAGUUCUUCUGACUUAUUUUGUCACUACUUACUUACUCAACUUUUUUAUUUCCUCUUUGGCACAGGGAUGUGACUCAGAUGUACUAAAACUUGUUGUUUGUUCUUGUAAAAAUUUCAUUCACAAUAUAAUCUAUUAUGAGCCACGUCUCCGUACUAACGCGUUAUUGAAUAAGUUCAAUAAGUAGUACCAGGGCUCAAAUAAAAGACAGUCUCAUAUUUUUAAGGAUUCAGAUAGGUGGUUUGUCACCGUUUCAUUAAAUUAAUCACAAACAUUGCAAUUACAUGUGCCUAUUCGUUUAGCUAAUUGUACAAAAUCAGUGUUAACUAGCAAAAAUAAUCAAUUUAUACGGUGAGCAACUUACUACGCUUGGUGCUUCAAAAAAUAAAUUAUCUUCACAUUAAGGACUUGUUGUAGCUUUUGUUGCAUUGUCGGAAGCAUUUUUUUUUAAAUAUACAUAUAUAUUUCUGUGUUACUUUUCCUUGUGCGGAAUGCAAGGGAAAUUAUUUAGUCAGAUACUAGUCUUUAUCCGUUCAUCAAAAUGUAUGGAUGUGUUUGUAUUAUUAAGUAAUUUAAUUCAGUAAUUUCCUUUCAUGUUUUAGUAAAUAUCUUUUGGAUAAAUUUGACUACCAUGCUUUAAGGUCAAUGUUUGCAGGUGAAAACUUGAAUAUGUAUUGGCAUGCAUUAGGCUAAGUCAAAAACAAAUUUUGUAGGGCAGAUGUUAAUUGAAAUUUGAUGAAAAAUUUUAUGAUUAUUCAUUUGACUUAAUUUAUUAAAAUGUGAUGUAUUCGUCAAGAGUUAAGGCCCAAAUUUAGUUUUAAGGAAUUACUACUAAAUUGACUGAUAUUUAUUUAUUUUUGUUCGUUUUAAUUCAUUAGCAAUUUUUUUAUUAAAUAUCAGCAAAACAGUGUUUUUUGUAAUUAUUAUUCAUAUAACCAUUUUUUAAGAAUUUUUAGUUUACUAUAACUGAAGGCUGUUGAUUUUGUUUCUUCGCAAUUUGUAUAUAAUUCAACGUUUCUUUUUUUUUACUGUAUAAGUGUGAAUAAUUAUAUUUAUGUAUAUUGAGCGAGGCCAUACCUGAGAUAUUAUAGUUUAGACAUUUUAAUAUGUACAUUUUAAGCACAUCUAAAAUAAACUUUAUUUUAAAAUGACUAAAAUAGGAGUCUUAUUUUUGCUGCACUACUUUCAAGGCCCGUAUUCUCGCCCAGUGUUCUCACGAGAAUGAAGGUUCUAUCUUAGUCGCCCAUAUUGUUAUUUCCAUAAUACUAACAAAGACAGAGUAUUCGUUCUUUUGCGAACACUGUUCUCUGUAUUCGAAAAUAGGGGCCCAGGUUGUUUUUCCCCUUGUUCCAGGCCUGUCCAACGUAAUGUCCCCAUGUAGCACCGAAGCCAGGUUACUCAAGGUUUAAAGUCAGGCCUAUAGUUUAUUGCAGCAACGCGAGAUGUCAAUGCUGUCACCCCUACAGUGUGCCCUAACUUGAUAGUAAAAAAAAUAGAAAUCUUCAUUUGACUAAAUUUUGUGAUGGAACGUUUUUUCUUUUUUUUUUUUGCGGAAAUUCGAAGUAUUAUUCUGUUUUACAUAAACAGGGUUGUAAUUUGGACCAACGCAAAUAAUUUUGAAUGUUCAUCCGUCUGAUUUUUUUUUAAACGGUGUAUGGGUAUUUCCAACUAUUUUUGCUGUAGCGAGAAAACUACACGUUCAAAAAAUUUGAAAAAAAUAUAUGUCGCGUAGAAUUGCAAUAGUAGUUCGUAAUAA